AUGAGAGAGAGGCGUCAGAAGGAGAGGGGCGGCGUGUGCUUCACGCACUCACCGCAGGCCACCAGUUUUCCUUUGGCGAAGGCGUUGGUGCUGGCUGCUUUCUUAGGCUUGUUUGUAUUUGUAUCGUGCACCAUUGGCCGGUGGCCUUUGCCCAUUGCUCCUUCCUUCGCCGGCGGUCCUGAGCUGCAGCGUGGGAAGAUGGACGACGCGGGGCUGCAGCAGGCCAUGCGCCGCAUGGAAGCCAUCUUGUCUAAUAAGCCUGCCCCCUUCCUGUAUCCAUGGGGGGAAGAGCGACUGGUUGUCUUAAAGGAGUGGACACACAUUUAUUGCAGCAUUCGCAUGGAUGUGCCACUGCGCGCCCCUCUGAACGACACGGGUGUGGAGGAUAAGGACAGUCUGGCAUCUGCACCAGGGGAGCAGCUGCAGAUCUUAGUGUACGAUGCCAACGACGGAUAUAUGACUCUGUCCAUCGCAAAGUUUCUACCAGAGUCAUUUGUCACGAGUGUAGCCCUGAGCAGCUGUUUGCAGGUGAACGGGAUACGAAGCGCAUGCAACUCGCCGCAGCAGGUAGUGGCGGCGAUGGAGACCAGGUGGAAUUCCAUGCAAGAGACAGGCGCUAUGAUGGAAAAGCCACGCCUCUUAUUUUGUGCGUCUUCAACAAUGUCACUGAUUUGGCUUGGAAACAUGGCUGAUUCUCACAUAAUGGCGGAUUACCAGGUGGCUGUGUCCCUUUUUGACCGCCUUCCGCCCUCUCCGACAAAGCGAUCGUUUCAGCGUGCUCUCAUCUCUCUGCUCAGGAGUGCAAAGGUGGCAACGUUCAUCACUCUUCCUGCAUUUGGGGCAGUCGGAAAAAGGACAAGAAAUGCUUUUCACUGGUACGACCAACCACAAGAUCCGGAGCAGCUGAUGGAGGAGGCUGGGAGACUUUUUUUCACUAAGCUAUCAAUCAUUCGUUUGGCCACCUUCCAGCAUGGAAAUGCAAACAGGGCCUUAUUUCGUGUAGAAGUACUGUGGGAAAAAAACUUGACGGCGCAGGAAGCUGUGUCAUUGGAGGUUCGACGCCGUCUUUUGCGCUGUGAUACACCGAAUCGGUUUGUGUAA